AUGGGAAAGUCACUGGUCAAACUACUCCGUUAUCAUCGGGAGAUACAAUACGUUGUUCUCAAGAAUAUUAUGAUGAUAGCGACUCAGCAGCCGGAAUAUGUGAAAAGUCCGAACAAAGAUUUUGCUACUUCGGCAAUUCAGGCCAUUGGGCGGUGUGCAAUAGGAAUGCCAGAGAUGGCUGGAGCUGUCUAA